UUGUCUCACAGUUAGUAUUGUACAAUCAGGGGUGUGACUAUUGAGUUAUCAAGAAUGUAUUCAAAGUGUGCCUUCUUUUUAGUCAUACUGGUGACUGUGGUUUUCACAAAUUAUUCACCAUCAUACGCAUACAGUCAAAGUCAUCACUUGUUCGUUGGCAGAAGACUCCCAGGUGAUUCUCUAACGUAUCAGGAGAAUAUUGUCAAGUCAUCAAAACUGUGGCAGAUUGUCACUGUGCAAAAGACGUUCUAUGCCGCAAGGAAUGAAAGAAUUACUCAGGUUGUCGCUCUAGAUCAGAAGAUCAAUGGAAAUGGAGCCUACGCAAGAAUCCUCAAAGGUGGACCUGACCAGAAUAAUGUUACCAUCAAAUUCAAGAGUCAACGGGGCCACGGUAUCAAUUUUAUCGUUCAGCUCUACUCCAGGCCUUGAAUUUCUAAAAGUCCAAUGGUAUUAUCACGAAUGAAAAAUAAACAUUUACCAUUUCUUUGACCUAAUUUGAAUAAAGUUUACUUUGCUACAACCAAA